UUCACACGCUCUAAAUUUAGUCGCCUUAAAGUCGGACGGGACUCGUGAGAAGAGCUUGAAAAGUUCCAGAAAGCUUUUUGUUCGUUGUUUAUUUGUUGCACACGGUCCAGGUGAAUCCAGACGGAGCAUGGACUUAAUGUGGAUCUGAUCCCUCUCGGUUUCUCUUCAGCUUCGCCUCCAGGAAACAGCAGCAGAAAUGAAAUGGUCUGUUUUACUCCUCAGUCUUUUUGUGUCUCAGUGUCGUGCCGGCUGUUCGGAGGUCGACUCUCUGACUGAGGCCGUCGCAGGAGAAAGUUUCCUCCUGGGCUGCAUCUCCUGUAAGAGGAGAGAGGAGGUUCAGGCCAGAGCCUCCGUGCACUGGUUCUUCAGACCAGAGGGGGAGGAGGACUUCAAACACAUUUUCCGCUACGACCACCCGACCUCCGUGAUCCUCCACAGCGAUUUCAGCGGCCGCCUCGAGUGGCAGGGGACGCUGAGCUCCGACAUCCAGACCGGCGCCAUCUUCCUGCACAACGUCACCUUCAGCGACGCGGGCACGUUCCGCUGCACCUUCCACCGCACGCUCUUCCUGCCGCUGGCCGACGAGGACGUCACCGUGGAGAAGGAGGUGCAGCUCUCGGUGGUGGCUGAAGCCACUCGCGAGCUGACGUCCGUGGUGUCGGAGAUCAUGAUGUAUGUGCUGAUCGUGCUGCUGCAGCUCUGGCUCAUCCUGGUUCUGAUCUACUGCUACAAGAAGACGUGGGACGAGCACGAGGGACGCGAGAACCGCAAAGCCCUCAAAGCCCAGGAGGCGAUGUUGAAGGCGGCAGAAAACUGUGACGGCGUUCAGCUGGAGUAGCAGCAGCGUCGCUGCCUCGACCGCGACGGCUUCAGGAAAACGGGACAAACUCUGUGUUUUUAACGGGUUCGUCUCAAACCCAAGUCUCAUGUAAAGUCUGACGGAGCACGACGACUAGAAAACUACGGAAGAAUGGAAGAAUGGAUGGAAGGAAGAAUGGAAGGAUGGAUGGAAGGAAGGAUGGAAGGAUUGAUGAAGGGAGGAGGGAAGGAAGGAGGGUUUUUAAUAAUGUUGUGCGAUGCUGUGUGUGCAUGUGUGUCCAUUUAAUUUUCAAUAAAUAACAAACUCAGAAAGGAAAAAUGAAAACAGUUUAUAUAUAUAUAUAUAUAUAUUUACACAUUUGUGAAACACGCCAUCAGAUGUUAAAGAUGAAGUCGAGGGGGAGACAGAGGAUCGACGUUAACUGGUUUAACAUGAAAACAGGAAGAGAGACGAGAGGAGGAAACAAAAAGUGUGAGAAUAAAACCGCAUGAACUCAUCUCUGAGAAAAGAGGAACCUGUGGACUGAGAUUCACCACGACUCCGCGCAGCUAAAACAUAGACCGUAUAUAAAGUGAAGCUAAAGCUAGUAGAGCUCCCCCUGGUGGCUGGCUACAGUAUAGGUCAUAAGCCCCACCCCUUCCAGGUCAGUGGGCGGGGCUUGGGCCAAAAUAAAACACUAAAUUACACAUGACAUAUUUAGUUUUUACAAGGAUUGUUGAAUGUUGUUCAUCCAUAUUUAAACACAGUCUAAAAAACUGACAGAAAUACAAUCAUUAAAGUAAUUUAACAUGUAUGAAGAUUUAUGUCUUUACUGAUUUAAUGCAUUUUUUUUUAUUUUUUUUUAUUCCAUGAGACAUUUUAUUCAUUAACAGGAAGUCAGGACUCUCAUCUGUCCCUCAGAGACAAUAAAUCAGGUCCCAUUUUAAAA